CUCCACAUCCAGAGUGGAAUCUCGCCCACAAACAAACAACAACAGCGACGACUGACUUUGCUUCUUGCUUGCUGGCUGGCUUGCUUGCUUGAGUUGCUUGAGUUGCCUCUCCUUGGUUUUGCUUUGUGCAACCGACAGUCAGACAACAGCCAACGAUGUGGCGUGCAGGGCUUGACGAUCUUGAGGUGGAGUACGACAGCGGUGACGACUGGGAGACGGACGCCGACUUUGAGAACGAUGUGAGCGAGAAGCAGCAGCGCUGGGGCUCCCGCACCGUGGAGGGGUCUGGCCGCGUCGGCGUCAUUGAGGGCGGGCUGGACGCUCUUCGUCACGCCGUCGAGGAAGGCGACAAGGAGAUCAAGUCCACGCAGCGCAAGGAGAACUUUGCCCAUGGAUAUGGCGGCAAGUACGGCGUGCAAACCGAUCGCCAGGACAAGAGCGUGGUUGGUUACGAGUACCAGCACGAGAAGCAGCUGCACUCGUCCCAAACGGACGCCAAGAAAGGCUUUGGCGGCAAGUUUGGUAUCGACCGCAGCGCCCAGGGAACCACCACAUCCGACACAGCCGAUGAACCGGAGGCUGUUGGUGCCAAGUACGACAAGCCCGACGUUGUUGGCGCCAACGCGUCCUCCCUCCGCGCCCGUUUCGAGUCAAUGAACCAGCAGAAGGAAGAGGAGGCUGCGGCGAAAGUUGCGCGGGAGCGAGCGGAGCGGGCAGCGCGCGAUGACGAGCAGUGGCAGCAGGAACAGGAGUCCAUCGCCACCCACCAGCAGCACGACCACGCCGAGGACCAACAACAGCAGCAGCAAGAGCAGCAACAGGAGGGAGAGGAGAAGGAAGAGGAAGGCCAGCAAGAGAGUCACGAAGCGCCACAGGAGCCCGAGAUGGCCGUGGAGGAGGAGGAGCAACAGCAGGGGGAGGAAGCCGCGUCCACUGGCGGACAGCGCGCACGUGCUCUCUACGACUACCAAGCCACUGGGGAGGACGAGAUUUCGUUUGACCCGGACGAUGUGAUUGAGGAUGUGGAUCAGGUGGACGAGGGAUGGUGGAUGGGCACAUGCCGUGAUCGCCGCGGCCUCUUCCCCGCGAACUACGUCGAGCUCAUCUGAACACGCGCGCGCAUACACAUGCAUGCACAUACACAUGCACGUGUGCGCAUUGUUUGGGUGUUGUGUUGCGGGUCGAUGAUAGGGUGUGUUACUGUUGUUCGAUGGGUGUGUGAGUGAGUUGUUGUUGGCUUGCAUUCUUGUUUGUGGGCGCUCUCCUUUUUGCCCCUGUGACAUUGACGGCUGUUCUGCUUGCGUCUGCUGGUGUGUCUUGCGUGUGUCUGCAUGUCUUCAUCCCUGUGCCUGCUUGCUUGCCCUGCUGGGGUGUUGCUGUUCACUGGCGUUUAUUCGCAACUGAACGCUGUAAACACCACCGGCAUUGAAACAAACAAACGACACACACCACAAC